AUGUUCAACUCCAUCUCGAGAAUCUUCAACAGAUACACGCCCACCAAGAACUCUUCACCUGGACCUACCAGACCGCAACGCGACGACAGCGAAGAUCGCAUAUUUCCAUCAACUGCGCCGGCCGAGCACCCCGACGGAAUUGACGAUAAACUGUUAGGAAGAAUGGCGAACGAGGACGAGGACGAGGACGAGGACGGCCUCGACGGCUUUAACGACUACGUCGACCCGUUUUCUUCCAUGGUCCCUUUCUCGACCCAAGCGGCCAAUGAUGGAGGUGCUGCGGACCCCGCGUAUGAGUCCGACGAGGACAAUAGCGUGAAGAAACGAAAGUCCAAGAAGUCCAAGAAGAGUAGCAACAAGAAGGACCGCAGCAAGAAGGGCAAAAGCAAGGCGACAGAUCCGGAACAGUCGGACGCAGACCCCUCAUCUUCCAUAUUCAGUGGCCAAAUUGGCAAUUCCAGCGACGCAGUGAAGGCCGACUACAAUGUUUCUCCUCCGUCUCAGCAGAAAAAGCGCAAGCGCGCAUCGGAUGAUCCCAGUGCGCCGGGCGCGUUGCAGGCGUCGGAUCGGAAAAAGAGGAGGAAGAAGAAGUCGCGUCCAUCAGUCGAGAAUGCCGAAGAUUUCGACAUGGAGGACGCGCAGUCCGAAGAUGUCGUGCCUGAGUCGCCCGAGGGCAUCAACAUUGCCCAACCCAUCGUUCACAGCCCUGCCUCUGAGCCCGAUCCUCUCGAGAUCAAGUACGAGUCACAGCAGUCGCAACUCCUCGGCGUCCCCAGACCGUUCUUCACUCAACCUUCCGGCACGCCUCUGUUACCGAGUCCAGAUGAUGAUGUAUCCGAUGAUGGCCAGAAUGGCCCGGCGUCUUCACCUAGUGUUGCAGCUCAGAGGCGCAGGAGCAUGUCACGGGGAUCUCAGAUUUCAUCCCUGAGACAGAGUCUUGCCAAGGAGGCCGCAGCUCAACCGCACGAUACGACACAAGCGGUGGAACCUGCUGACGAAGUUAUGGAGGAGGACGAAGACGACGACGCACAGUCUGAUGAUGGAUCCCUGGCCGAUGGUCUCCCCCCGUCAUCUCAGGCCCCGAGAAAAAGCCCGACAAGCACACGCAGUAGCAGUGAAGAGAUUGAGGUUGCUCCCACCCCUCAGCUGCCGAUCAAAACUUUCCGCGAUGCACUACGGGGCUCAGCCAAGAAGCUCACCACUUAUUCCAAGAAGGAUGCAGCUGUCGAGAACUCCGCCACAACGCCCAGAGCUACUCGACGUCGCAAUGCCCAGCCAGACGAAGGACAGCCCUUUGAUGUUGACAACUUGCCUAGCUCAGCUCAGAAGUCUACCCGCUCCACGGCGUCCAAGAAGCAGCGCUCUAAACCGGACUUCUUCGAAAAGUCAACAUCCGCCCAAGAGACACCGGAGUAUCUCGAGGUGGCAGGAAGCGCGGCUGGUGCGAUUCAAGAGGCCGCCGAGGAUCAGGAGCCCGAAGUCGAAGAGGCUCCAGUCAAGAAGCCAGCAUCGACUAAGAAGGCAAAGCCUCAAAUGAAGCUCAAGAAACCUAAACGGACAGCUGCCUCCAGCACUCCCGCAACCGUCACACCCAAGCCAGCAAAGACUAAAACGCCAAAGAAGGCUGCACAGCCCAAAGGAGCACCUCAGGGACCACCCGAGUUUAUCGCUGGCCAAUUCUCCCUUGAAGAGAUGCGCAAGCUCAGGGAAAUUGUCGAGAAAUAUCGCGAUGAGAACGACCUGACGCAGGAAGAGAUGAACAACCUUAUCCAGAUGAAACAGCGCAGAAAGCCGUGCAAAACGGCCAUCCCAUAUGACAGCGAUAAAUUUCUCCACUUGUGGAAUUACAUUUGUGCCGCUCUGCCUGACCGGCGUCGCCAGAAAACCAUCGAUGUUGCUCGCCAGAAUUUUCACAACUUCAAAGCCCGCGGAGGAGGAUGGACUGCUAAAGAAGAUGUCAAGCUGGCGAUGCUAUACGCCAAACACGGCAGUUGCUGGACCAAGAUUGCGGAAGAGCUGGGCCGCUAUGACAAAGACGUUCGCGACCGCUACCGGAACUAUGUCAUUUGUGGCCGCACGGAAGGCCGCACGUACUGGACCGAAGAAGAAGAGAAAGAAUUGGUUGAGCAUGUCAUCACCUUGCUUAGACGGACUGACCGAUCACCUUCCAAAAUUCAAGAGCCUUACGAACCCUUCAUCAACUGGCAGACGGUCAGUGAGCUGAUGGGCCACAAGCGCUCUCGCCUGCAAUGCAUGAGAAAAUUCAAGAGCCUCAACGUGGAACUUGCUCCCAGCGAUGUUCUGAGGUCUUCGCGUCCAGCCUCAAAGGUCACCUGGACAUUGGAGAAGGCCCGCAAGCAGAUCCAGGAAAUGGCGCCUGAAGAUAAAUACGAAUUGGUCCGGGCUAUUCUCGCAGGAGGCGCUAGUCGCGAUCGAUUGAUCAAGUGGACCAAGCUCGCCAACUUGGAAUUUCGCAGGAAGUGGUCCAAGAAGACUCUACAGGUGUUGUGGUAUCGUCUAAGACAGCUCGUUCCCGAUGAAAAGGAGAAGUCAGUUAGAGACUGCGCCCGUUGGUUGCUGGAGGAUGCCAAAGCGAGCGCCCCCCGGGGUGCCAAGAUUCUCAGUGGAGGGGAUGACAACUACGAUACUGAGGACGAGAUGGCUGUUGUUGAACCUCCCAAAAAAGCCAUGCGUCGAAAGAGCUUGAAGAAGAACGAGCCACGCAGCGCUGAACUUGUGGUUGAUAGCGAUGUGGCUUCUGACGACGACAACAACAACAACCAAGACGAUGACGACGUCUCUGAAGCCGACGAGGAAGACGAGACCCGGCUUACGGAACUUGAAUCUCCGUCUACAGAGCAGUCACCGUUGGCCGCAUCAGCACAAUCGAAUCGACUCUCGACCGAUUCCAUAUCCAACGCUCUCUCUGCGUCUCCGUCUCUCCAACCUGCUGGCGUUUCCAGACUUCUCCCAGCCGAGGCGGAAGACGCCAGGCCCAGCCCAGCUAAGAAACGCGUCAGGCUUUCUGGGGGUACUUCAUCUAGACAACGGUCUACGGAGAAUGACGGCAGUUCACCAGAACCAGUCGCCUCACAAUAUGCGGCCGAGAAGAUUCCCGAUCGCCUCAAGGAGAAGAGAGAAAAGGCCAAGAGGCGCAUUUCUUCCGGGAAUAGACUUCGAUCAGCGGCAUCAGCAUCACUGCAACCGGAGUCGGUGCAGAACAGCGAUGUUGACGAAGACAUGCCACCGAUUCGCGUCCCGCCUUCGACAGCACCCGCAUCUGUUAAGAGCAGAAAAGCGGACAGACGGCUGGGCGAUUGGGCCAGGAAGACUGGAGGCCCCGAGCCGCCAGGCGUGCCAGCACCAAUCAGCGACGAAAACGACGAAAGCAUGUCGCCGGCUCCCGCUCCGCCCUCGACCGCACCCACGAGUCUUAAGGGGAGAAAGAGACUGAACAGAAUGAAGGCCUAA